AAGUAUUCUCACUGUCCAGAGUCACAGCCGCCACGGCUGAGGACCAUCUCAUUUCAUCAUUUGUAUACUCGACGGUCUUUCUUCAAAAGCAACAUUUUCAUGCCAAGCUUCAAAGCACAGAGCCACAAACUUCUCAUUUCUAUUCCUCUCUCUUUCGAUUCUCGAGAGUAGAAGUUAAGCAACUUGUAUUUCCUACCUGGGAGGGAAUUAAUGGCUGCCAUUCUACUAGUACAGUUCCUCUUGCUGGUUGCGAUCCCCGUAACACGAGCUCAAUCUCCUGCCGCACAAAACAUAAGCUUAGGCUCUUCUCUCUCUACAAACCCAUCCGGUAACAAUCGUAGCUACUGGCUCUCCCCAUCUGGUUUCUUUGCCUUUGGUUUAUACCCCCUCCCUAAUACCCAAACAUUCUUAGUUGGAAUCUGGCUUGAUAAAACCCCUGAAAAAACCCUGGUCUGGUGUGCAAACAGAGACUCUGCUCCUCUCUCUACCGGCUACUCCAUCAUCCUAACCACCAGUGGGAGCCUCAUUUUGAGAAGCCCACAAUCUCAAGCCCAAGUUAUCCCCCUUAUCUCUGAUAAUUUAGUUCCAACAUCCUUUGCGGCCAUUAGAGAUGACGGUAACUUUGUCCUCUAUGCUUCUAAUGGCACUGUAUGGCAAAGCUUUGAUUCUCCAACUGAUACAAUUCUACCUGGCCAAAAUCUUAAAACCGAUGCUCAGCUCUACUCGAGUUUCUCUGAGACUAACCAUUCAAAAGGGAAAUAUAUGCUUAAUAUGCCGGAUCUUCAGCUCUACUACCUAGCGCAUGGAAGUAUGACUAAUUUUGACGUUAGAGACUCAUAUUGGAGCACACAACUUCAAGGGGUACGUAGCAAUCUGACACUGAUUCUUGAACCAGAUGGGCGCUUGCAUUUCUCGGAUUCAUCUAAUUCCUCAGAAGGUGAACUCACUGGUUCAGAUUCUAGUGCUGUUCUUUACAGAGCAACUCUUGGAGUUGACGGGAAUUUUCGCCGUUUCUCUUAUGCUUUGGACCCAAAUGGUGCCAUGACCAUGAACUCGAACCCAUGGAGUUGGAUCCCUGAUUCUAACCCAUGCCAAAUUAAAGGAAGAUGUGGCCUGAACAGCUUUUGUAAGGCUAAUGAUAACUCUUAUAGUUGCAUGUGUCCUUCUGGUUUUGAAUCUAAAGAUCCACUAGACAUGUCUCAAGGUUGCGAGAGGAACUUCAGCAUUAUAGCUGAAUGCAGAAGAGAAAGAGGGAAUGGGAAUUUGAACGUUGCCGAGAUGGAGAGCCUGGAGAUGGUCGAUAAUGCCUACGAGAAUUUGACAUUGAGCCAAGAGAGGUGCAAACAAGCUUGCUUAGACGAUUGCUCCUGUGCUUUAGUUCUAUUCAUUAACAUGCAGUGUAAGAAACAGGCACUUCCAUUGAAAUACAUGAAGCAGAGUUCAGGAGCUUUGACACAAAAAACUUUUGUCAAAGUUGGGAGUUUUGCUUCUAAUCCAACUCCAUCGCGUAGGAAGCCUAUAAUCUGGGCUACUAUUGUGCUUGCUGCUUGCUCUUUUCUUCUUACACUAAUUAUUGGCUUUCUUUGUGUUCAAUCGAGGGUCUCGAGAUAUAAAAAGUUUAGGGCAAGGAGCAAUUCUGAUGUAGAGGAUAGCAGUCUGCGACUGUUUAGUUAUGAGGAGCUCGAGGACGCCACAGGUCGGUUCCUCGAGAGUUUAGGCAAAGGCUCUUUUGGAGCUGUUUUCAAAGGAGAACUACCCAACGGUGUUAACAUUGCAGUGAAGAAGCUCCAUGGGCUGAUUGAAGAUGGAGAGAGAGAGUUUCGAUCAGAGUUGACGACCAUUGGGAAGACUCACCAUAAGAAUUUAGUACAGUUGCUUGGCUACUGUGAUGAAGGGUCCCAUAGGCUUCUUGUUUACCAGUUCAUGAGCAAUGGGUCACUUGCAAAUGUAAUGUUCAAUCCAGAAACAAGGCCAAAUUGGGCACAGAGAGUGGAAAUUUCUCUAGGCAUUGCUAGAGGUGUGCUAUACUUGCACGAAGAAUGCGAGACCCAAAUAAUACAUUGCGACAUUAAACCCCAAAACAUACUCUUGGAUAAUAAUUUUACACCCAAAAUAUCAGAUUUUGGACUUGCAAAGCUCAUGGGCGAAGAUCAAACGAGAACUUUUACAGAUAUGAGGGGCACAAGGGGAUACGUUGCUCCAGAAUGGCACAGGAAUUUACCGAUCACUGUGAAAGUUGAUGUGUAUAGCUUUGGGAUCAUGUUGUUGGAGAUCAUAUGUUGCAGAAAGAGAAUCGAGAUGGAUGCUCCAGAGGAAGAAAUCAUCCUUUUUGAAUGGGUUUAUAAUUGCUUUGAGACCAGAAAUUUAAAGAAAUUGGUGGGGGUAGAAGAAGUUGAGAUGAGGGGAUUGCAGAGGAUGGUGAUGGUAGGGCUAUGGUGUGUGCAGGAGGAUCCAAGCGUGAGGCCUUCCAUGAGGAAGGUGGUAUCCAUGCUUGAUGGCACGCUGGAUGUACAAAGUCCACCCAACCCAAGUCAAUUUCUAUAAAAUCUCUCUCUCUCUCUCUCUCUCUCUUUCUCAACCCAAACCAGUUCAGAUUGACUGCUACAGGUCGAGAGUUGUGGGAGGUGAUCAUGUUUGGUGGAUGGAAAGCCCGCACUCGACGAGUGGAUCCUUGUUCUUGUGUAGUUCUUGUGUAGGUGUUUGUUGAUCGUCGGUCUUGCAGUUGUUGUUAUUGAAGUUAUGUAUUUUGAUGGUGGGACUGCAGUGCCUUGGACGAUUGUAAUAUUAUGGAUAUUGUAGUUCUCCUUAGAGACUG